CUGUUGAUACUAAGCUCCUGUUUGGUUUUAUGUCUCUUCGAUUUGGUUCCUUGUCAGUUUUUCAGGACUUUAAUGUUGGACUGACGAAUCGAACCUAAACACAUUUUCUUUAUUAUUUUUAUUAAUCUGUAUAGUGAAUAAUGUAUAUGGAUUUCUAUGAUUAUUAUUUGAUUAAAGUUUUUGUUUUUAUAGGUGACCCUGUUUUGUGAUUUGAUUUGUUAUCAGCUUAAGAAAUUUUUGCUGCAGAUUCUUGAUUGCUUAUUCAUAGUUCUAGAUUCUUGAUAUCAUUAAAGAUAGCACCUUUCUCUUUUAAAUUUGUUUGUAUGCUAAGAAUAAGAAUAAUUUCUUAUUCCAAACUUUAUUCGAAUCAAUUGAGAUUAUAUCUGAUGUUAGAGGAUUCUAGAUUUCCUUUCAGGACGAUUUGUGAGCUAGGUUAUGGUUGUCUUUGUCGAUCAGUUUCUACAAAUUCAUGUUUUUGGUACUCAUUCGUUCUUAUUAUCUUAUUGCUGGGGUUUGUUUUUGAAUACUUAUACCUCAGAAGGUUUCUAGAUCAUAACUAAAAAAAUUUAAAUCUUUUGGGCUGUUUCACCACCGAUUUGUUAUGCGAGAUGUUGGUAUGUACCAAAUGGCUGAUUUUUUUAAAAUAUUAUUGUUCAAAACUUUUUAUUUGCGCGCUUGAUGAUUUCUUUUUUAAUUUAAAGUGUAAAUCAUUUUGGAGUUAAUCUGAAGAUUUUGAUCUGUUGUUUUUUUGUUUGUGUUCAGUGUCUCAGCUAUUUAAAGCAUGUGUGGUGGUCCUGAACGUUCUAAAACAACUUCUUCUGAGUCCACUGAAACCAACUUCAACCCUGAAAACAUGAACCAUCUGACUGUUGCAACUGAAGAUUUUUUUUGUAGUGCACUUGAAUUUGCUUCUGACAAUGAUGUAGAAGGGUUUAAGCGAUUGAUUGAUCAGGAUACUUCUGUGGUUAAUCAGAUUGGACUAUGGUAUAGCCGUCAGAAAGGAUCCAAACAUAUUGUUUCCGAGCAAAGAACUCCGUUAAUGGUUGCUGCUACCUAUGGUAGUGUUGACAUCGUGAAGCUUAUUGUCUCAUGCCCUGAGGCUGAUGUGAAUUUCUCAUGUGGUUUGGAUCAAAGCACUGCCCUUCACUGUGCUGCUUCUGGUGGAUCUGUUAAUGCAAUGGAUAUUGUCAAGCUCCUUCUAUCUGCUGGUGCUAAUCCGUGUUGCUUGGAUGCUAGUGGUCAUCGCCCAAUUGAUGUUAUUGUUGUUCAUCCCAAGCUGCAAAGCACGUGUCCUGUUAUCGAGAAGCUUCUCUCAAAAAAUUCUUCUGAUAGCUCAGUAAGUGACUGCAGUUUACCCCUAUCCAUUAUUACAUCAAAUUCAGAUUCUCUCGCGUUGUCGUCCUUCUCGGAAAAUGGGUUGCAAUCUCCAUCUGAAUCAGCUUGUUCUCCUGCUUCAAAGUCUACUGAGUUGCUUGUUAAUUCAAACUCAGAGAAGAAAGAUUAUCCAUAUGAUCCAUCUCUACCUGACAUAAAGAACAGCAUAUAUGCCACUGAUGAGUUCCGCAUGUUCUCAUUCAAAAUCCGACCUUGCUCACGAGCAUACUCUCAUGAUUGGACAGAGUGCCCUUUUGUUCACCCAGGGGAGAAUGCCCGAAGAAGAGAUCCCCGCAAGUUUCACUACAGCUGUGUGCCCUGCCCUGAAUUUCGUAAGGGUUCGUGCAGACGUGGGGACAUGUGUGAGUAUGCUCAUGGAGUCUUUGAGUGUUGGCUCCACCCUGCUCAAUAUCGAACUCGCCUUUGCAAAGAUGGCACAAGCUGCAAUAGACGAGUAUGUUUUUUUGCACACAUGGCUGAGGAGCUACGUCCAUUAUUUAUGUCAACCGGAUCUGCUGUCCCUUCCCCGCGCUCUUCUGCAUCUGGUCCUACUGUCAUGGACAUGGCUGCUGCUUUGAGUCUCUUGCCUGGUUCACCUUCAUCAGUCUCUGCUAUGUCUCCAUCCCCUUUCAGUCAGUCCAUGUCUCCAUCAGGAAAUGGUGUUUCUCAAUCAUCAUUGGCAUGGCCUCAUCCAAAUGUGCCAACUCUUCUUCUUCCUGGUAGCAACCUCCAGUCAAGCCGCUUGAGAUCUUCGCUCAGCGCACGGGACAUUCCACCUGAAAAUUUGUUGCGUGAAUUGGAUGCUCAGCAACAGCUCUUGAAUGAACUGAACUGUUUCUCACAGCCACGUCCAGGUCCCAUCUCUGUUGGUCGUUCUGGCCGCUCUAAAAUUUUAACCCCUUCAAAUCUUGAAGAUCUAUUUUCUGCUGAAUUCUCAUCUUCACCGCGAUUUUCAGACCAUACGGCUGCUUCUGUUUUCUCGCCUGCCCACAAAUCAGCUUUACUGAAUCAAUUUCAACAACAGCAGAGCAUGUUAUCACCCAUCAACACCAAUGGCAUGUCACCAAAAAAUGUUGAUCAUCCUCUUUUACAGGCUCAGUUUGGAGUUCAAUCUCCAGGAAGAAUGUCACCCAGGAGUGUGGAGCCAAUCUCCCCUAUGGGCUCUAGGCUCUCGGCGUUUGCCCAGCAUGAGAAUUUGCACCAGCAGCUUCGCAGUCUCAGCUCAAGAGACCUUGGAUCUAACAACUUUUCCCCCAUGGUUGGAUCUCCUGUAAAUUCUUGGUCAAAAUGGGGAUCUCCCAAUGGAAAGCUGGAUUGGUCUGUUAAUGGGGAAGCUGAAGGCAGAAUGCGAAGAUCAUCUUCAUUUGAGCUUGGGAACAAUGGGGAGGAGCCUGAUCUUUCCUGGGUUCAAUCUCUAGUCAAGGAAUCACCACCUGAGAUGAUGAAAGAUAAGUUUGCAGCUCCAGCUUCAAGUGAUGUCGCAUCCGGUGAGGUUCUGAAUUCCAAUUCUCAAGUUGAAUCCAUUGAUCAUUCUGUUUUGGAUGCCUGGCUUGAACAGAUGCAGAUUGAUCAGCUAGUAGUCUAGUUAUGAAUUCAUUUUACUCAGUGAACUAGGUAUUUAAGUUCAGAAGGUACAUAUUCUUUUUCUGGGUUUCUUUACUGGAAAUCGAAGCUAAAGGCGUUAACUGGUGGCCGGUGAGGUUGAAGGUGGUUGGGAGACUGGCUCAAAUGUUCCGGAAGAUACUAUUCAAUUUUUUUUCCAUUUAUUCUUUUCACAAGAAAUCGGAGAAGGAUGAAAGGUCCUCUGGGAUUAGAAAACAUAGCUAGUUUUGGAGGUUCUUCACAUAUUUUUACUUUGUGCAUCUUAUUUUCAGUCAAUUUUAUCUCUGAAAAAACUACAGAAUUAAUUGCAACAAAAACAAAGAGCUCUCUGUAUUUUGUUAUAUCUCAGUUUCUUCAAUAUUUUCUGUUGUCAGUCUUUGGAGUUGUGGUUAGGCAGAAUGAACUUUGGAGGGAGUUUAUUUUCUUUUGAAGGUGCAAAAGUG